GGAGGACUGUGUUGCCAACGUAGGGUGAUUGUCUGUGUUUCCAGUCCGCUAGCCUGCUUCUGGAGGACAAGUCAGCUGCCGCUGAGCUCAUUGUGCAGGUCAGAGUAACAUUUCCAGGAUGACCACAGACGCUACAGCUCAGACUGCCAACUUCAGGAUAAUGACCUUUCACCCCUCAAAGGAGGAAUUCAAAGACUUCAGUCGGUACAUCGCCUACAUGGAGUCGCAAGGAGCACACAAGGCUGGGAUGGUGAAAGUUGUUCCACCUAAAGACUGGAAGCCUAGACAGUCCUACGAUGACAUUGAUGAGCUGGUGAUCCCUGCUCCCAUUCAGCAGGUUGUGACGGGCCAGUCGGGCCUCUUCACACAGUACAACAUUCAGAAGAAGCCCAUGACUGUCCGCGAGUUUCGGAAGACUUCCAACAUGGAUAAGUUCUGUAAUCCCCGAUAUGCUGAUUUUGAGGAGCUGGAGAGGAAGUUCUGGAAGAACUUGACAUUCAAUCCCCCGCUGUACGGUGCAGAUGUCAGUGGCACCCUGUAUGAUCCAGAUGUAGCUGAGUGGAACAUUGGCCAUCUGAACACCAUUCUCGACACCGUGGAGAACGAGAGCGGCAUCAAGAUCAAAGGCGUUAACACACCUUACCUCUACUUUGGCAUGUGGAAGAGCGCCUUCGCCUGGCACACAGAAGACAUGGAUCUCUACAGCAUCAACUAUCUGCACUUUGGAGAGCCCAAAUCCUGGUACGUUGUCCCACCAGAACAUGGAAAAAGAUUAGAACGACUUGCCAAGGGGUUUUUUCCAGGGAAUGCUCAGAGUUGUGAAGCUUUUCUGCGGCACAAGAUGACCCUGAUCUCCCCCUCAGUCCUGAAAAAGUACAGCAUACCAUUUGACAAGGUCACUCAAGAGGCUGGCCAGUUCAUUGUGACGUUUCCCUUUGGUUACCAUGCUGGUUUCAACCAUGGCUUUAACUGUGCCGAGUCCACCAACUUUGCUACUCAGCGAUGGAUUGAUUAUGGCAAACAAGCAACACUGUGUUCCUGCCGUCAGGACAUGGUAAAGAUUUCAAUGGAUGUAUUUGUGCGCAAGUUCCAGCCAGAUCGUUACAAGCUGUGGAAGGCAGGGAAGGACACUACACCUAUUGACCACUCCAAGCCCACGCCAGAGGCUGAAGAGUUUUUGAAAGAAGACAAGGCAGAGCCAGUUGAGUUUUUGAAAGAAGACAAGGUGGAGCCAGUUGAGGAGUUUUUGAAAGAAGACAAGGCGGCACCAGUUGAGGAGUUUUUGAAAGAAGACAAGACGGAGCCAGUUGAGGAGUUUUUGAAAGAAGACAAGGCGGAGCCAGUUGAAGAGUUUUUGAAAGAAGACAAGGCGGCACCAGUUGAGUUUUUGAAAGAAGACAAGGCGGAGCCAGUUGAGGAGUUUUUGAAAGAAGACAAGGCGGCGCCAGUUGAGGAGUUUUUGAAAGAAGACAAGGUUGAGCCAGUUGAGGAGUUUUUGAAAGAAGACAAGGCGGCACCAGUUGAGUUUUUGAAAGAAAGCAAGGCGGAGCCAGUUGAGGAGUUUUUGAAAGAAGACAAGGCGGAGCCAGUUGAGGAGUUUUUGAAAGAAGACAAGGCGGCACCAGUUGAGUUUUUGAAAGAAGACAAGGCGGAGCCAGUUGAGUUUUUGAAAGAAGACAAGGCGGAGCCAGUUGAGUUUUUGAAAGAAGACAAGGUGGAGCCAGUUGAGGAGUUUUUGAAAGAAGACAAGGCGGCCCCAGUUGAGUUUUUGAAAGAAGACAAGGCGGAGCCAGUUGAGGAGUUUUUGAAAGAAGACAAGGCGGAGCCAGUUGAGUUUUUGAAAGAAGACAAGGCGGCGCCAGUUGAGGAGUUUGUGAAAGAAGACAAGGUGGAGCCAGUUGAGUUUUUGAAAGAAGACAAGGUGGAGCCAGUUGAGGAGUUUUUGAAAGAAGACAAGGUGGCGCCAGUUGAGUUUUUGAAAGAAGACAAAGCGGAGCCAGUUAAGUUUUUGAAAGAAGACAAGGCGGGGCCAGUUGAGGAGUUUUUGAAAGAAGAGAAGGCGGAGCCAGUUGAGGACGGUCCCUGUGAGGCGGCUGCCAGGGAUGCUUCAAUCGUGCAAGAUGAGCAGAGUCCAAAGCCCCAGACUGGGGUAAAGCGUCAGCAUGCUGUCGUGGAAGUCCCAGAGGAUGGCGCUGCUGAACUGAUUGAGAAGGAGCCAGAAGAAGUCGAGCUGAAAAAGGCCAAGCUGACCCAGAAGAAGAAAGUCACUGACAUCCCUGUCAAGCCUGACAAAGAUGCUGUGAAGGUCAAGGCAGAACAGAAUGAAAAAGAGGUGAAGCCGCAGUCUAAAUCCCAGUCCAGAGUCAACGCCAAGAGAGCUGUGAACAGACGAAGCCCGCUGAAGAAAGAAAAAGACGUCUCAGUUCCUGAACGCCCUGAAACCCGGGCACAGCCAGCAGCACCUGCCCCCGCUGCCAGCGCUGAGAAGACUGGGUCUGCUGAGGACCUGCAGCCAGUCAGCAGCUGUAGCCCAGCACACAGACUGUUUCACAGGACCCUGAGCCCAGCUGACGUCCUCCAUGUCCACAGCUAUGCAAAGGGGGACUAUGGGGAGGGAGAAGCCCCACCCAAGGAGGAGGUAAAGAGCAUUGGAAGUGACAGUGAAACAGCGAAAAGAGACAAGCAGGCCAUCAGACUGCAGGGGGCAGAAGAGGUAGCUUGGGAUGAAGCGCUAGAAAGCCAUCUAGGAAAGCUACCACGGCAUCACCCACUGAUGAAGGAUGGCACAAGUGAUGAAGAAUUGCCAGAGGAGGUGCCAGUGGAGGAGGACUGUACAGAAGGGGAUAGCUGGGCUAAGCACCUGGCUCACUUGUGGCAGAGCCAACCUCCCAACAUGAAGAAAGAGCGGGAAUAUAACCGGCGUGUGGGCCUUCAGCCCCCGUACUGUUCCAUCUGCUUGCUGUUUCAGACGUACAUGCGGAGUGAGUGUGGAAAAGUAGAAAGUCCCGUUGCCAUGCCUGGUGGUCGGAUGCGGACUAAGCCUCUCAUACCCGAGGCUUGCUUUACCACCAUCACAGAGGAGGAUUCUGAGUGUGAGGAGCUGCCUCUCACUGCCCAUCUGGAGGAGGAUGGAACUAGUCUCCUCAUCAGCUGUUCCCAGUGCAGCGUCCGCGUACACACUAGUUGUUACGGUGUGGCCCCAGCAAGCGUUACCAAGGAGUGGAAGUGUGCACGCUGCAAGGCAAACGCCAUGACGGAGAGCUGCUGUUUGUGUUCUCUGAGGGGUGGAGCACUGCAGAAAGCCAACAACAACAAGUGGGUACAUGUGAUGUGUGCAGUAGCAGUACUGGAGGCACGUUUUGUUAACAUCACCGAGAGAAGCCCUGUGGAUCUAAGUGGAAUACCUUUACAGAGAUUUAAACUGAAAUGUUACUACUGUAAGAAGAGGAUGAAGAAGACACCUGGCUGCUGUGUACAGUGCUCUCAUGGCCGCUGUCCAACUGCAUACCACCCCACCUGUGCUCAGGCCGCUGGAGUCCUGAUGCAGCCAGACGAGUGGCCAUUUGUGGUCUAUGUUACCUGCUGUCGCCAUAAGGGCCCCACUCAGAUUGAGCGCAACAAAGCAGCCAUGCUUGAGUUGACCGUGGGGCAGAAGGUCAUAUGUAAGCACAAGAACGGUCGCUACUACCAAUGUGACGUGGUGCAGCUGUCCAAGGAGACCUUUUAUGAAGUCAACUUUGAUGACGGCUCCUUCAGCGACAAUCUUUUCCCAGAGGACAUUGUGAGCCGAGACUGUUCCCAGCUCGGGCCUCCUCCCCAGGGCGAGGUGGUUCAGGUUCGGUGGACAGACGGCCUGGUGUAUGGUGCCAAAUUUGUGGCAGCGCAUGUAAUCCAAAUGUACUUGAUGGAAUUUGAGGAUGGGUCCCAGCUAACAGCCAAAAGGGAGGAUGUCUACAGCUUGGAUGAGGAGCUUCCCAAGAGAGUCAAGUCGAGACUGUCCAAGGCGUCAGACAUGCGUUUUGAUGGGAUCUUUGAAGAGAAGGAGAUAAUCCAGGAGUCAAAGAGGCAAAGAGUGAUUAACUCGCGCUACAGAGGAGACUACAUUGAACCUGUGAUUUACAGAGCCAUCAUGGAGUAGCGAUUCACAACAUGCCUGCUCAGCCACGCACCAGCAGCAGCAGCACCACCAGCAGCAGCAGCAGCAGCAGCAGCAGUAGCACCAGCAGCAGUAGCACCAGCAGCAGCAGCAGCAGCCAUGUACUGGACUUCUGUUCACCUUCCUUCAUGUAGCGACACGUGAUUGAUAGUGUAAACUGAAAUAACCGCCACUAAAAGCCUAACAUUGAACCACUUUUAUUUUCUAGUAACGUAUCCUCACAAGGUCAAGACUGCGAUGAAGGAGACUGCUCAUUUUUACUGCCCAGUGAGAGCAGGAACGCCUCACGCUGCAGGGCAGUAGGCCGAUACGCAGCCUCGGCAGGUGUAGGAUGGUGUAAGAUCAGUGUUUAUUUUAGUGUUUAUUUUAAUGACAUAAGCUCACAAAAUUAGCAUUUUGAUAACACGUGGAAAAAGACGCCCCCUACAGGGGCACAGCCUGCAUACACUUUCCUACCGUUCAUACACAGUAAUACAAAAUAAACAGCUCUUUAAUGAACAUUAAUCUCGCCAGUAUUUCGUUUUAUUUUUGUUGUUCUGCAGUGCUUAUCUACCCAGGGUAUCUGAGAGGGGGCAGUUCCAGUUAACCCACUGAUACGUCUCCUGUUUAACAUAAAACUGUUGACUGCAUUCCUCCAUAGUCCGUUUUCUAGAAACACAAAUAAUAGAGCUUUUUCAUUCAAGGAGUUGUUUUUAUACCAGCUUAUUUAUGACGGUGCUUCAGGGGCGCAGCCUCUGCCCUGCAGUCACGCUGCACAGCUCGAUGAUGUAUGUGAUGUUUUUACAAAGAACCCAUUCUGACUUUUCAUGGACUUUGUCUAGCUACUCUUCUACUGAGAAUUGUGCACUUUUACCAAAGUCCACUUUGAGAGGACGUUUAAAUAAUUGUGUACUGGCAUUUGCCAAAAAAGUAUGUUUUAGAAUGUCGAUUCUGCAUUUAUAAGAUGUCUUAUGGACUGUUGCCCCUUUUCAGCUUGGCCAUUUCAUCAGUCACAAUGCACUUAUCUGCUUAAGGUUCCUCUGGGGAAGGCCUUCAGAUGCCUUGCCUUGUGGUUCGCUACUGCUGAUGUCGUAAGAAGGUUGAGUCAUCUGGACACAGCGUUUACUGAGAGAACCAUUUCAUCGGUCCUGUAGGUGGCUGCAGGUAUCUCCACCCUUCUGAACAGCACAGGGGCAUCACGACCAACGGCCUGUGUCCCAUGCAAAUAUGGGUGUGACCAUUAACCAGGGUUACAAAGGUCAUGUGUGCUAUCCACAGAGAGCUGGGGAGUGUUGCAAUCACAGCACCGUAAAAUGGUGACACAUGUACUCUUAGCCCCCCCCCCCCGGGGUCAGGGAUGGUCAUUUCCUCUUCACAUAGAUGGCCUCUUUGACUCCCCGUUCAAACCUGCAUUCCUCCUUAUCAAGGAUGUGCACAUCCUCAUCCUUGAAGGAUUGGCCACCGGUUACCUCCGGCUUGGUCAGGCAUCCCUACAGACACAAUUGGCCAUGUCUGCGGGUGGGAAGCUGGAUGUUGGUAUGUGUCCUGGUUGCUGCACUAGCGCCUCCUCUGGUCGGUCAGGGCGCCUGUUCGGGGGGGGGGGACGGGGGAUGGGCGAUUAGUGUGAUCCUCCCACGUGCUACAUCCCCCUGGUGAAACUCCUCACUGUCAGGUGAAAAGAAGCGGCUGGUGACUCUACAUGUGUGGGAGGAGGCAUGUGGUAGUCUGCAGCCCUCCCCGGAUCAGCAGAGGGGGUGGAGCAGAGACCAGGACGGCUCGGAAGAGUGGGUUGAUUGGCCGGAUACAAUUCGUGAGAAAAAGUGGGAAAAAUCCCCAAAAAAAAAAAAAAGAAAGCGUGGCCACUGGCCUGUAGAUGGGGGUAGAUGUAGAUGGUUGUUUAGACUGUAGAUGGGGGUAGAUGUAGAUGGGUGUAGACUGUGGAGUCCUGACCUGAUGUGUUGAGUGGUGUGUGUCUGUGUGUCUCAGUAAAUGGUGUGUCCAGAUGAUUCAGCCUUCUUACCUGGGUUGUUGAGCUUCAGGACAGUGUUGGUGUCGUGAGACACGUGGACUUGAGGACCGGUAGUUUUAUAGUCCAUGCUUUCAGUAGUCCGGUGGAGAAUGAGUUUAUAUUGUUAUUCACAAAGUAUGAACAGAGCUGAUGGGGUUGGAAUUGGGGGGGGGGGUAUAUUUUAUUGCAUCGUUUUGUAAAAUAUGUUACUGUAUAUUUUCACAAAUGUGUGUGAGAGCUAUGAUGUCAUUUUGUGUGUUGUAAGUGUGGAUGCAGGAGGUGGUGUGUUGGGUUCGGGUCGGCAGAGCUGCUGCAGCUCAGCCGCUCAGCCACUUAGCCGCUCAGCCCUUCCCUGUGUGUAGAUACUACAUACUGGACUCGCAGGUGUUCAUUCAGCGUUUUGUAAAGGUCUGAGUUGUUCAGUCCCAGUAAAGUUUUACUGCUAUGCUC